AUUAUUAUUAUCAUUAUUAUUAUUAUUCCUCCACACUUUCCUUUCAGACGUAAGCUGUGAAGAACGUUACCACUGUUUCCAUUCAGCAGGGAUCCAUUCUGUCUCUCUCCCCUGGCUCAUACAUUACGAAGAAUUCUGUAACAACGCCAAUGAAGAGAACAUCCCAAAUAUAUCCCAGUCAGAGAAAUGCCUUGUCGAACAUGUCCUGUGUACGAAACCUCUCAACUCCAGCCCACAGUUUCCGGUCCUCGGCCUUGGAACUACCACCAACCAUCUUCUUGGUAAAACAAUCAUUGUGCUUACCAGUGAGCUGGAAUUUCUCACCAUACCACUCAAUGAACGCUACAAACUGCCACCCAUUUCCAGCUGUUCCACCCAGAAUUCCUCUGAUGCCUUUGGAUCCCCACUCAAGGAACUGUCCAAGGAACCCUUUGAUCAUCAAUUGGCCAAAAUAUUACAGAGGUCAGCAAGUACCCCACUCUUAAAAAGCGGAAAGAGUGCAGACAUUAGCCAGGAGGAAUGCUACAUGCUGCUGAUCCGAAGUACCAAAGUCUUCCGUGAACAGUACAUCCAGAAGCAGGAUUUGGCCAUCGAGGAAAUCAAACGAAGGAUGAAUAUUUUAAUGGCCCAGAAAGGUUACCAAAUGUCGGAACUGAAGGAAAUGGCUCAAAGUCAGUCGACGCUGAAGGACUUCAGUCAAGCUCUGGCAGAGAAAUAUGAAUCGAGCAAAGAGAAACAGGACAGUCUUCUGAAGAGGUUAUCCGUGUUGGUCCGUAAGAUCCAGAGCCAUCUUCCCAUUCUGUCUGAUGCUGAGAGAGAUAUGAUGAAGGAACUGAAGAAUAUGGAAGUGCAACUGGAGUCCCUUCGCAAGGAAUUAAACAAAACGAAGAAAAAGAAGGAAUACCAAGAGCACCAGCUGUCCCUCAGCAAAUCUGCUUACCCUAAUACAGUACUCAGCAGCCAAAACUUGGUACAGAUUAAGGAUAUCCUGAAGGACCAAAGUGAUGACAUCAACUCUAUGGUGAAGUCUGUGAAAGAUUUGAAACUGGAGACCCUCAGCUGAGUUAAUGCAUGUUAGUGUGUGGAGAAGAGGGGGGAAAGCACCACCUCAUCUACAAAGACUCUGUAUUUCUCUCCAACCAUUCAUCACAAAAAAUAUAAAGUAUUUUUCCAAUAAAAGUUUUCCAUGUUUUACAAAAUAAA